AUGCAGUUCUUGAGAUCUAACUGUGCUGUCCCAGAUUGUAUGGGUGCCCAAGUAAUGUCAAUGAGACGGUCGGGCAUACGGACUUGCCACAUAUUGAAUCACCUUGCUGCAGAAAGAGGAGGACAUGAGUAUAUUCCGUUCUUGAAAAAGGACCUAUACAAUUGGAUUAGACGACAAAGAGAGUUAGAAGAGGAGGACGAAACAGAUGCUGAGGGUGCCCUGGGAUACUUGGAAUGUCUUGGGUUACGUGACCCCAAUUUUUUUGAAACACACAUGAUAAACGCAGAGUAUAGGCUCACUGACUUGUUCUGGGCCGAUGGAAUAUCGAGAGAUGACUAUGGACGUUUUGGGGAGAUCAUCGCAUUUGACACAACGUACAAGAAGAAUACGUACAGCAAACUCCUUCUCCUUUUUGUCGGCGUGAAUCACCACUUCAGAACUGUUGUAUUUGCAGUUGCAUUGCUGUACGAUGAGAAGGAGGACACAUACAUUUGGUUGUUGGAAGAAUUCCUUCAAUGUAUGAACAACAAAUUGCCUCAGGUUGUUGUCGCUGACGGAGAUAAAGCUAUGGCAAAAGCAAUAGAGAAUGUCAUGCCUAAUGCUAUCCAUCAUUUGUGUGCGUGGCACCUUCAGAAAAAUGUUACCAUUAAUGUCCCUCACUCGAUUUUCAAGACAAGGUUUAUUGAGCUCUUAUAUCAAUAUUGUACAGAGGAAGAGUUUGACGAGACUUGGAGUGGCUUGGUUACAGAAUUUCAGCUACAAGAUAGCCAAUGGGCAGCCAUAACAUACAACAAUAGAAGGAGUUGGGCAGAAUGCUUCCUACGGGGUAAUUUCUUUGCGGAGCUCAGAACCACCCAAAGGUCAGAGUCGAUAAAUUCUUACCUGUCACACUUCUUGACAAGCAAACUAAACUUAAAGACCUUGUUGGCCAAGUUGAUAAAGCCAUACAAAACAUAUGCCACUCGGAACAUGAAGAUGACUUCAUCAGCAACAACACAUCGCCCUAGUUCCCUUCCAACAUACUACAACAGUAUUACCAGCAAGUUGCUUCAGUCUUGA